AUGGAGGAGGAGGGCCAAGGGGUGGGUCCUUCUCCGCCGCCGCCGGAGCCGCAACCUUACAGCACCCGGCCCGUCCGGGCCUCUGCCGUGCGGAGCCCCUCCCCGCGUUGCUCAGCUCACAGGCCUCGCGGGAGCCCGCUGCUGCCGCCUCUCUCCCGGGAGGCGGCCGCCUUAGCCCCCGGUGCUCCGGUCGGCGCCGGGAGCGAAGAGCAAGCCGCAGCAAAGCGACCAGGCCCGGAGCGAGGACACAGGCGGCGACCAGGGAAAGGUGAAGCCGCCACUGCAGGAGGAGGAGCAGCAGGAGGUGACGCAGGAGAAACGCACCGCCCGGAGCCCCGUCUGAGCCGAGCGAGAGCCCCGGCCCGAGGGAAGAAGGGGGAAGAGGGCCGCCAACGCCGCUGGUGGAGGAGGAGGAGGCGGCGGCCGAGGCCACCGCUACCGCUGCUGCAGGGCGGGCGCGGCGAGCAGCGAAUUCCGGCGCCCCCUGUGCAGCUCCCUGGUGUUAACGGACACUUUGUCGCCCGUCACCGUCGGGCCUGGGAUGCACCCGGGGUCGGCCUUGUCCUAGGACUGAGUGAAUCUCGCAGUUGCCUGCUGCCUCCGCCUGCCCUGGUUCUGAAGACAAGACGCCUGUGUCGUGCGGAUCUUGAAAUAAAUUUUCUGGCCUCAAGAAGAUGAGGGAUUUCGUGGCUGUCUCUUCAAAGAUAAUUUUUUUUUUGACGUGGUAUUAAUAACG